AUGGCUAAUCUUUGGAUCUGUUACUUAGAUGGUCUGACUCAUUCGGUUGUAAAUAUGAGUAGACAGGCUAUAACAAUUUCAGUUGAAGGUGUGCACAUUUAUUUUGUUCAUGCUAGCUAUAUUCAAGUGACGAGAAGGAGACUUUGGCAGCAGCUGGUUAUGCAAGACUCAAUUACUCCUUGUCUGGUCAUGGGAGAUUUUAACUGUGUUUUGCGUUUGAAUGAGAAAAAAGGGGGUUUAGAGCCGAGAACUUCAGUCAUAAAUGAUUUUAGUGAUUGGAUGGAUGAUAAUAGCCUCUUCGAAACUGAUUCUUUGAGUAGUAAUUUUACUUGGUCGAAUAGACAAUCUGGCCCUCGUAGAAUCAUUAGUAAACUAGAUAGAGAGCUGUGCAAAUCCCUUCCUAGAGAGGUUUCAGAUCACUUUACUCUUCUUGGGUAUCCUUUUGUUGUCCCGCGGCCUAAGAGAGCUCCUUUUAGAGUUCAAAAAAUGUGGUUUUUGCACGCUGAUUUUAAUCGCAUGGUCAGUAACAAUUGGAACUCUCCUGUUCAUGGUUCGCCAGAUUUUAUCUUUCCAUAUAAGAUGAAGAGGUUGAAGGUGGUGAUGAAGGAGUGGAAUCUUAGAGUUUUUGGCAAUAUACAUUCUUGGCUGAAUAGUCGUAUUAGGAGAAGUAGCAACACUAUUUCUGAAUUAGUGGAUGCUGAUGGAGCUACCAUUUCUGAGUAUGAUCAUUUGCGUGAUCAUGUGAUGCAGUAUUACGAAGAUAAAUUCAAUGGCCAGGAGUUGGAGUUUGAUGAAAAUUUGUUUGAUUUUGAGCAUCCUAGUAUUUCAGCUGAAGAGAGUCUUGAUAUGGAUAAAAUUCCUACUCCGGGGGAAAUAAAACAAGCUGUCUUUGAGCUAGGUUCUGAUAGUGCUCCGAGUCCAGAUGCUACAAGAUUAAGCAUUGUUUUGGACAAGCUUGUUUCUGAAGAACAUGUAGCUUUUAUGAAGGGUCGCAAUAUCCAUGAAAAUAUCAGUUUGGCUUCGGAAAUGGUUAAUGAGCUUCACAUCAAGCGCAAAUAUGGCAAUAUUGGUCUUAAACUGGAUAUCUCUCAGGCUUUUGACACGGGUUACUUCAAAAUUAAUGGAGGCUUGCGUCAAGGUGAUCCCCUUUCUCCUUUGAAUUUUGUUUUGAUUGAAGAUGUUCUUAGCAGAAAUAUUACGAAACUCUUUCAUGAUAAGAAAAUGACUUCAAUGGUUACAAGAAAUGGAAAUCUAAAAAGUGUGCAUAAUAUUAUUGACUUGUUGGGAAAAUAUCAAGUUGCUUCGGGUCAGAUUGUGUGCAGACAAAAAAGUAAGAUUUAUUAUGGAGGGGGAUCUUUGAGUAGGAGAAUUUACCUUGCUGAUUUCUUAGGUAUGAGUGUAGCUACUUUUCCGGAUCGUUACCUGGGAGUUCAAAUUAUCCCUCGUACGGUAAGAUAUCAUCAUAUUUGUAAUGUGAUUGAGAAAAUUAAAGCUCAACUUGCUGGUUGGAAAAGGAGACUUCUUUCUUUUCAUGACCGUAUUGUUCUCGUUAAGUCUGAUAUAGCCAGCUACUCUAUUCACAACAUGGCAGUCUAUAAAUGGCCUAGAAAGUUCAUUUUGCAAUGUGAAAGGGAAAUUCGUAAAUUUAUUUGGUCGGGUGAUUCUAAUAUUAGUCGUGUUGUGGUGGUGGCGUUUGACAAGGUCUGUUGCCCUUUUGAGGAGGGGGGUUUAGGCUUAUCUCGCAUGGCUACCAUGAAUAAGGCGCUUAUUGUGAAGUUGUGGUGGAAAAUUCGUAAUUUGAAGAAGAACUGGGAAGGUUUUCUAAGAGCAAAUUUUUUUGGAAGGAAUGGUUGCAUCAAUAAUUAUGGAGUUAAAUCCACAAUUUUACCGGGUAUUCGUUGGGUGUAUAAACUUGUCGAAAGCAACACUAAAGUUCUUGUGGGAGAUGGUAGGUCCACUGCUCUUUACUUUGAUAUUUGA